GAGAGUCAGCUGUCAGCUGUUUGCGGCAUGCGGUUACGUCGUCUCUGAUUACGAACUCUAAAGAAUAGUUAAAAACUGUUUUGAAUUAAAAACAAAUACAGAAUGUCGAACAGCCACUUGUUCUUGAAGUCCGGCUUCCCGCGUGCACCACUGCAAAAUGGAAUGGGACGCUAUGUUUGCCAGCUCCAGAGAAUCACCCUGAAGUUCUGCAAGAAUAAUGGAUCCAGCAGAGGCAUGCGCGACUUCAUUGAGAACCACUUGCUGGACUUUGCCAAGGAGAAUCCCGGGAUUGUGGUCUAUGUGAAGCCCAGGCGCCAUCGCACGCCAGUUUUGGUGGCGGAGUAUUUGAACGGCGAGCGCGAGUGGAUGAGCUGCAGGAACAACACCCAAGAGGAGAUCUCCAAGUGGAUAGACCUGCUAAAAACCCAAAACGGCAACUCCAGCUCUCUGCGCCUCCGGAAAAUGUGGCACACCGAAGUGCCCUCCAUCCAAGGCCCGUGGACGCCAUUCCUGCUGCGUUCGCCAGAGACCACCGGUCAGGCUUACCCCAAUGCUGAGGCUUCCAAGCCGCUGGAGACGCCGCAAACCGCCACAGAGAAGCUCAUCGAGUUGUUCCGGCAGCAGCAACUCGAAGCUGGUGAGGAAGCACACGAUGCGCUGAACAAGAAGCGGGCUGAGUGAUAGGGAUUAGGAUUGUUUGGUAGUUGUUGCUUUUAUUUUCAUAGUCAACAUAGUUUUGUUGGUAAACAAAUAAAUAUUUAAAAUCUAAA